AUGGCGCUGCCCGAGGACCCCGCUGCGGCCCCGGCGUUGCGGCGCUUCACCUGGGAGGAGAUCGGGGAGCGGAACGGCCGCGGGCCGGGGCAGAAGGAGCGAUGGCUGGUGAUCGAGAGGAAGGUGUACGACAUCAGCCACUUCUGCCGGAGGCACCCGGGAGGAGCCCGUCUCAUCUGUAGCCACGCCGGGCAGGACGCCACGGAUGCCUUUGUAGCCUUCCAUGUUGACAAGGCGCUGGUGAACAAGUACUUGAAGCCACUGCAGAUUGGGGAGCUGGCCCCAGAUCAACCCAGUAUUGAGCCCACUAAAAAUGAAAUGCUGGUGAAAGAUUUCCGUGAACUGCGUGCUACUGUUGAGAAAAUGGGACUUCUGGAGCCAAAUCAACUCUUCUUCUUCCUGCUCCUCACUCACAUCCUCCUGUUGGAUACUGCUGCCUGGCUCAUCCUCUUCUACUUUGGAACAUCCUUCAUGCCCUUUGUUGGCUCUCUGGUGGUGCUGACCAUUUCCCAGGUACAGGCUUCAUGGUUGCAACAUGAUUUGGGACAUCUUUCAGUAUUCAGGGCAACCAAGUGGAACCACUUGCUGCAUAAGUUUGUGAUGUGCCACUUAAUUGGGGCAUCAGCCAAAUGGUGGACUCUUCUGCACUCCCAGCACCAUGCCAAACCCAACUGCUUCCGGAAAGACCCUGAUAUUGAUAUGCACCCUUUCCUGUUUACUUUGGGGAAGAAGUUAUCUGUGGAGCUUGGGAUCAAAAAGAAAAAAUACAUGCCAUACAAUCACCAACACAAAUACUUCUUCAUCACUCUGCCUCCACUCCUGUUUCCCACCUACUUCCACUACCACACGUUUUACAUCGCAUACACAAAAAGGUACUGGGUGGACUUGGCCUGGAUGAUGACCUUCUACAUCAGAUUCUUUUUUAUUUAUGGAUCAUUACUAGAAAUAAAGAGUCUUGUGGCAUAUUAUUUUAUAUUCAGGAUGAUGGAGAGCAGCUGGUUUGUCUGGGUUUCACAGAUGAACCAUAUCCCUAUGGAUAUUUACUAUGACAAGAACUUGGACUGGAUGUCUACUCAGCUUCAGGCCACAUGCAAUGUUGAGCAGUCCCUAUUCAAUGACUGGUUUACUGGGCAUCUGAACUUCCAGAUUGAACAUCAUCUGUUUCCUACAAUGCCAAGACACAACUACUGGAAGGUGGCUCCUCUGGUGAAGUCCUUGUGUGCCAAACAUGGCAUCAAGUACCAAUGCAAGCCAUUGCUCACAGCUUUUGCAGACAUUGUCCAGUAAGUACAACACACAGGCCAAAGAAUUGCAGGAGAGAUUGGAAUACUAAGAACAAGAAUUGUCUUGUUCUUUCACAAAUCAACACACACAAGCCCUCAUUUCCCCUGUCUCCACUAACGUUCUCCUAAGUAACCCUGCAUAAUGUGGCCUCCUGUGCUUUCUCUUUCCCUCUCUCAGCUCUCUGAAGAGCUCAGGAGAUCUCUGGCUUGAUGCCUACCUACACAAAUAAGAAGAUGAAGCCUGAUGGUACCAUUCGCAGCCUGCUACUUCUUUGCAUUCCCAGCAAGCUGAGGACCAGGGACUACAAGGGACUCUAUGGCAGAAAAAAAAUGGAUAAGAACUGAAGGAUAUGAUUCCAAUAGAUAUGAAGUUACUUGAAUUUUGCUUCUGGUUUUGUCUGGUGUUUUGGUUCAGAUAUGUUAAGAGUGCCUUUUAGAUGUUUCUGGGUGAUGCCUGGACAAAACCAAAGCACUAACAAAGCAAUGGUGCACAUCAUAGGGCCCUCAUAGACCAUUGCAGGUCAAUUAGCUCUAGGGUUAGUACUGAGAUAAGGAUUGGAAUAACAGCUAAAUUUAGAGUAAGAUUUCAGAGUUAGUGUGAGGCACUGGCUAAGCCAGAAUCCGGGUCGAAAGCAGAUGCACAUUGACUAGGGCUCCCACAUUAGAAGUGGCUAGGAAGGUAAAAAACAUCAGCUUACCCAAAGAGCUUUUGAAGCAGAUCCAAUAGCAGCUGGAUUGCUGAGGCUUUUGUGCUUCCUGGUGUGAUCCAGGGAA